CAUUCACUCCCAUAGCGACUAUAGUCGUCAUCCCCUGCUAACAAUUUGCAAACAAUAGCGCCUGUAGUCGUCACGCAUUUUCUUCAGUAGUAUUACAAUAGCGACUACAGUCGUCAUUGAAAAACAAUGGUAUUUUUACGAAAACCGUAUUUGAUUGGCCAAUUCAAACUUUAUAGUCAGUUAGGCACAUGUUGACGCAUUGUUUUAAAACAAUAAAAACAAUAGGUGCCCAUACCAAAAAAACUUUAAAAACGUGUUCAAAGGUUUGACGGUUGACUUUUGCGUUCGCUGCCAUACUUGCCUCGAUCAAACUUUCUAGAAACGAAGUAUGGCAAACUAUUUUUCAUCCUCUGAUAGCGACGAAGAACCAUUUUAUGGCUUCUUAGAUGAAGAACUGAAUUUCGAACUGGUGGAGAGACGGAGGGGCGUUGAUGUCGAAGAAGAGAGCGAUAUAGACAUUGAUGGUUCAUCAGCUGAUUCGCUAGGCCUAAGCGACACGGAAGAUAGUGAGAGGGGAGAGCCCGAUGAGGAAAUCAUCACAGAAGAGGGCAAUUGGACAAAGAAUUUGAAAGACUUCGACAAUUUUGUUGAUUUUACUUCACCAGUUGGUCCAACAAAAUCUCUGGGUGAAGAUGCAAGUGAAAUUGACUUUUUUGAACUUCUCUUUCCGAAGGAACUGUACGCCCACAUUAGCACUGAGACGAACAAGUAUGCUCUCCACAAACGCCAUCCUCCAUUGGUUCCAGACAACGAUUGGUAUCCAACAACUGUCGAAGAAAUCAAACUUUAUCUGGGAAUCAGAGUUUUUAUGAGUAUUUUGAACUUUCCGUCAUUUGCGCAAUAUUGGAGCAAAGAUUCAGUAUUUGGAAAUUCUUUUAUUUCAAAUCUGAUGUCGAGGAAUAGAUUCCAAAAAAUUAACGAAUAUUUUCAUGUUGCUGAUCGGACAACAAUGCCUCCCAAAAGUUCGCCACACUUUGAUAAACUCUUUUUAGUGAGACCUAUCCUUGAUGCUGUUCGUAAAAAUUGCUUGAAAGCAUAUAACCCUCAUCAAUGUUUUGCUAUUGAUGAGGCCAUGAUAAAGUUUAGAGGGCGUUCCAGCUUGAAGCAGUAUUUGCCUGCCAAACCAACGAAAUACGGCAUCAAAGUGUGGAUGAGGGCAGACUCACUGAAUGGGUUCUGUAACGAAUUUUUUGUUUACACAGGAAAACCCACAGGCAAAGAGCCAGAGAAAAAUCUAGGUCAAAAAGUGGUGAAGCAGCUGACUGAAAAUAUUGAAAACAAGGGACACCACGGUUACACCGAUAACUAUUUCACCACUGUUGCGGGUGUAGAGGAACGUUUCGAAAAAGGAGUUUACUUGUGUGGCACGAUCAAGUCUAAUGCCAAAGGACUCCCACAAGAAAUAAAAGGAAAGAAAAUAUGCAAGGAAGCUGGAUCUUACAUCCAGUUUCAGAAAGGGGGAUCGGCUUUGUCAGCCGUGGCAUGGCGAGAGAAAAAGUCUCGAAAGCCAGUGAGGAUUCUCUCGGCCAACGUCAACCCGUCUGCCGAAAUUUCAUCUGUUGCUCGAAAGCAGAGGGAUGGAACAAGAGUUCCAGUUAUGUGUCCAAUCCAAGUUUCAAACUACAACAAAUUUAUGAAUGCUGUAGAUCGCAAUGACCAGAUAAGGACACAGUAUAUGACCUAUCGUCGCUGCAACCGUUGGUGGACAUAUAUUUUCUGGUUCCUAUUUGAUUUAAGUGUGGCAAAUUCAUUUAUCCUUUUUAAAGAAUCGCCAAACCACAAAACGAAAAACAAGUCUGGGAAAGAUGAAGGCAAAACACAAUUGAAAUUUAGAAUGGCUCUAACAAAGCAGCUUAUUGGCCAGAAGAUUUCGAGAAAAAGGAAGCGUGGGUCAGCCAGCCUUGGUGGAGAGGUGGCAGCCACUGGGCAUUGGCCUAAAUUUUUGAAGGACAAAAAAGGUCGUUGUAGAAACUGCCAUAAAAAGGGAAUUCGCCGUGAACCUAGAUACAUUUGUGGAGCAUGUACAGCAUUGGCAAAAAACAACGAAAGGAUACAUUUGUGUCCAGAAUGCUUCGAAGAAUACCAUACAAUGACAAUGCCAAACAUCUAGGUUGGUAAAGUUUAAAAUACAAGAGACGCAUUAUUUUUUACAUUGUUUUAAAUUAGAUAAGCCGUUUUUUCAAUGUAUGUAGAGUAACUUUUAUAUUAAAUAUUUUUUUGUUCGAAGCCAUCGUAAAAAGUUAUUUGAGAAAAACUUUGGUGCACUUUCUUUUCUGAUUUCUGCUAUUUUGCUUUGGGACAGAAGCGAUUGUAAACAAAUUCGUAGCCUGGGAUCGAAGGCCAUUUGGCGCGUAAACUUUACGGUAGUGAAUGAGUUAACAAGUUUUAGGACAUGUCAACGAUCUUUUGGAAAAGAGGUACUUGGCUUGUCCUCCAUCAGCCAUUUCUCUAAGGAAGAGUUCCCCUUACUGUGAGAAUUGUGAGUGACAAAUAAGUUGUCUGUGCUGUGAUGUGAGAAUGUGGAGGAAUAAUAAAAAUGAAAAUAGGGUGAAAAGCUAAAAAUUUUAUAAUUAAGUCUAACUUGGUUAAUCGAACCCAGUUCAUUGUAGUUGAAAUUUAUGUACAGGAACAUUCAAAUAAGAAAAACAGACAAAGAAACUAGAAAUAAAAAAACAUAAAAAGUAUAUAUAUACAUGAAAAGAUGCAUGAUUAGAUGCCAAGAUGAAAGAUGCCAAAUUGAGUGUGAAACACAGAAUAAUAAGCGAAUAGAACCAUCUUGAAAAAAGUGUUUACAGCUCUCUGCCUAUAAGACACUGAGCUUCAUAUAGGACAUGAUUGAUGCCUGAAUUAAACAUGAAACUCAGGGCACAGGGCAGCAACUUAGAACUGUUUUUUUUGUUAUAUCAAAAGCCUGUACAACUCUGCCUAUACUGCAUUGAGCAUUUACAAAAUACAA